UCCACAACCCAUCAUUUCAGAAUUAUAUACUCCUUUGGCCAAUUCAAACCACUGGAAAAUGGUUGAAAGAAAGUUUCCGCGUGAUUGUCCAUUGAUUAUUAUUAUUAUAUAUACAAAUUAGUUCCAAUAGGGGCGAAUAACAAAGUGAGGGAAUAUAAAGUAUGGAAAAGUGUGUUUGGUGUUUCCUAAUUGUGAUGCUACCAUCUCUUAUUAUUGCUACCAUCAAUGAGGAAAGACAGGCUUUGCUCAAGAGCGGGUGGUGGAAUCAUUACCGAAAUAUCUCAAAUCAUUGUGCCAAUUGGGAGGGAAUCCUUUGUAAUGAAGCUGGAAGUGUGACUGAGAUUUACACACCUUUGGUCAUUCAAUCACAAGAAUUGCUGCGGAUUCAGAACUUGAACCUCUCUGCCUUCCCCAAUUUACAGAUUCUAUAUUUAGAUGGAAUGGGUCUUAGGGGAAGGAUCCCUGAAGAAAUAAGCACACUUACAAACCUUAAUUAUCUUGACCUGUCCAGCAAUUGUCUUCACGGUUCAAUACCACUACAGCUUGCUAAUUUGACCCAAUUGAAAGGAUUAUUUCUCUAUAAUAAUUCACUAACGGGUUCAAUCCCAUCUACAUUGGGUCAAUCCAGGAAUUUGACACAUCUCUUCCUUGACUCUAACCAACUUACCCAUUCCAUACCUAGAGAGUUAGGAAACUUGACACUGUUAAAAUUAUUAAAUCUAUCACGUAACUCUCUUUUUGGUUCAAUACCUUCAGAGAUUGGAAAAGCCACCAGACUCUUAGACAUAGACCUUUCCCACAACAAUCUUACAGGAUCCAUCCCACCUCCAAUCCUCCAAUGCCCACAUAUCAAAAAAGUGGAUUUAAGCCACAACUUAUUAAAUGGCACCAUCACUUCCCAAAUAAAUCAUGUUCAUAACCUCAACCUUAGCCAUAAUUUUUUGAAUGGUGAAGUUCCAUAUCUCUGGGAAACAUAUUCCAUGUUAGAUAGUUUGGAUAUUAGCUAUAACAAUUUCACAGGUAAAUUACACAAGGAACUUGCUAAUUUAUCAUACGUAAAUCUUUCAUAUAAUUCCUUUGACUUCUCACAAGACCUUGAGUCAAACUUAGAGUUACCAGACUAUUGUUAUUUUAAGGUAGACUCGUUAAUUGGUUACCACAUGCCAAACUUCACAUCUUGCCACAUUAAUAGUCACAAUGUUACCCACCAAACCAAUCCUGGAACUAGAAAAGGCAAGACUUCCUUGUUAAUUGUUAUUCCUAUCGUUUGCUUCAUUCUUUUGGUAAUUCUUACAGCAUUAUAUUUCACAAGAAGCAAAUUUAAGACCAAACUUGAAGGAAUAUCAACAAAAAAUGGAGACUUGUUUUCUGUAUGGAACUAUGAUGGUAAAAUUGCAUUUGAUGACAUCAUUGAAGCAACUGAAGACUUUGACAUCAAGUAUUGCAUUGGGACCGGUGCAUAUGGCAGUGUUUAUAGAGCCCAAUUGCCGAGUGGCAAAAUUGUUGCAUUGAAGAAACUUCACCAAAUGGAAUCUCAUAAUACAUCUUUUGUCAAAAGCUUUUGCAAUGAGGUCAAGAUGUUAACAAAAAUUCGUCACAGAAACAUCGUAAAGCUUCAUGGCUUUUGCCUCCACAAUCGUUGCAUGUUUCUUGUCUAUCAAUAUAUGGAAAGAGGUAGCUUAUUUUCAAUCUUGAAUAAUGAUGUGGAAGCUGAGGAGUUAAAUUGGAGCAAGAGGGUGAAUGUCAUCAAAGAAAUGGCAUGUGCUUUGUCCUACAUGCAUCAUGAUUGUACCCCACCCAUUGUUCAUCGAGAUGUAACAAGUAGCAAUGUUCUAUUAAACUCACAAUUAGAGGCUACUGUUUCAGACUUUGGCACAGCCAGGCUCCUUGAUCCUGAUUCCUCAAAUCAAACCUUGGUAGCUGGCACAUAUGGCUACAUUGCCCCAGAGCUUGCUUAUACAUUGAAUGUCACAGAAAAAUGGGAUGUUUAUAGUUUUGGAGUUGUGGCUCUUGAAACAUUAAUGGGAAGACAUCCUAAAGAGCUAAUCUCAUCUUUAUCCAAUUCAACUACUCAAAACAUGUUGUUGAAGGACCUCUUAGAUACACGUCUUCCUCUUCCUAACUUUCGAAAAGACGCUCAAAAUAUAAUGCUUGUGGUAACUAUAGCAUUAGCAUGUUUGUGUUCCAAACCAAAGUUCAGGCCAUCAAUGCAAGAUGUGAGUUGGGAGCUCUCUAAUUUCAAAAUGACAUUGCCUUUAUCUUUCCAUCAGAUUUCAAUCCAUGAGAUGAUGACCAAAGAAAUAUGUAGUCUUUCGUGCAAGUAUCAAGAAAGAAAUAUAAAAGGCAAAAAUUAAGGAAAGUAAUAUUUUUUGCCUUUUUAGAAUAAGUAAGAAAGUUUUCUUGAUUAAACAGUAGACAAAUGCAUGUUGUUUUCUGGUUUAUAUUCAUAAUUUUCCGUAUUUGUUUUAUCUUCAUCCAAUUUUUAACAUGAACUUUUAAGUUUGCCUUUACUUUGAUUGGUAAUUGAAGUAGGCCAAUUUAUUUUGGUUGAUUGAAAAUAAUAUUCCAAUUUAAAAUAAUAAUAGUUUAUUUAUGAUAGCA